ACAAGCUACACAGUGACCAAGAAUCUAGUGUGGCUGCCAGUAGGCAUCUCCCCCUUGUCACUGCCCACUGUGCGAUAGAUUCAGAGGCACACGAAGGAGCAUGCUGGCACCGGAAACUUCAGGGGCUGUUUAAACUCCCAGGACACAAGUCCCUUAAGAGUCUGCACAUAUUUUUAAAAUCUCAGUGUACAUUGCUGCAUCCCCUGAGGUCCAGUGAACAAGGACAGCUGUGAUAUCUUGAGAACUGAGAAGGAGCCGUGAGGAUGGGAAGGCACUGGCGAUUCACUCUGACAGGGAUUGCUUAAGAACCAGCCCCGCGCCGCCCGUCUCCGGGGAGGACGCCGCAGCCAGCUGCCCGCCGGGGCGCACGGAGCUCCUGGCUGCGGGCAGGUCGUGCGGCGCGCUAUGGACCCGGAGAGCCCGCCCAGCGCUGCUGCGAGCGGGGUGCAGCCUGCCCGCCGGGCCCGCUGUGUGCCGAGACCUCCAGCGCCGGGACAGGGGCACCUGCACGGCGCCGUCUAGGACGGGCACCUCUCCCUGCCCGGGAUCCAGAGCAGCAGCAACUUCCCCGCGUGGACCAUUCUCCCCCAACUUCUCGGCGCCGGCAGGAGCCCGGGUGACAUUCCCCUACACUGCAGCUCCCUGCUCAGGCUGUGGCUCCUUUGGAAGAGACGCCAGCCAGUUCAGUUGCCUGAAUUUGAUACGCCUUUAAAAAACAACAACAACAACAACAAAACCAGAAGCCAAGACAGCUCUCUCCAGGCUAUCCUCCCUGGCGUCGGAUCACCAUUAGCUCGGAGGAGCCAUUGCUGUUGUCCGAAUCUAGGGUACAGUUGCCCGUGACCGGUAGAAGCAGCCUGGCUCUGGGUUGAAAGUGAGGAAGUUGUACAGCCAAUGCUCUUUUGUAGAUUUAUUCAACACACACUGCAGGUUGCCCCUCCUAGCAGGCUGCAUCUCAGAGAAAGGCUCCUGAGCUGGACAGGGUUAAUUCAUCACUGCAUUAAACACUUCUGGGGCUCAAGGAAGGGGAGACUAGCUCAGAGCUGGUAAGACUGGAGAGGCUGGGGUUCCAAGGAUGGACAACAUGUGUGAGGUUCCCAUUGGGGAAUGUUCAGACCAACCCCAACUUGAAGAAAAAACAGGGGAGCCCCUUGUAGCUCCCAAGACAAAGCCACCAUUCAGUAUCAUCUUCUCCACACUUCUCUUCUGUGGCGAGUGUGUGGCUGCUGGGUUCCUGUGUUCCUCCUACAGUCACUCUGAUGAUCACUUCUGGCUUGCAAUGACCAUUCUCUUCAUGUUGUAUCCAUCCAUCAUGGUCCAGCUGACCCUCAUUUUUGUCCACAGGGAUUUGACCAGUGACAAGCCACUGGUGUUACUGAUGCACAUUCUACAGUUGGGUCCUGUCAUCAGGUGCGUGGAGGCCCUGGUGGUUUACUGUUGCUCGGGGCGGCAGGAGGAGCCAUAUGUUACCAUCACACGCAAGAAGAAGCUCAGGAAGGGCUCUGAGGUGGAGCUGGAGCAGGAGAUCGGCCACUCAAUCCGCAAGCUGGUCACACACCGCAAUGCCUUCAAGCGCAUGGCAGUGAUCCAGGCCUUCCUGGGCUCCACACCGCAGCUCACACUGCAGCUGUACAUCAGCAUCAUUGAGAUGUAUGUCCCCACUGCCAGAGCAGUCCUGAUGGGCAUCUGCCUGGUAUCAGUCACCUAUGGGGCGCUGGUCUGCAACAUCCUGGCCAUCCAGAUAAAAUACGAUGACUACAAGGUCCAGCUGCGGCCGUUGGCAUUCAUCUGUAUCAUCCUGUGGCGCAGCCUGGAGAUCUCCACCCGUGUGGCCGUCCUGGUGCUCUUCUGCAGCGUCUUCAAGCACUGGAUCAUCCCCAUUAUGCUCGCCAACCUGCUGAUCCUUUUCUUCCUGCCGUGGGUGCAAUUCUGGUGUAGUGGCGCCCAGCUGCCCAACAAUGUUGAAAAGAACUUUAGCCGAGUGGGCACCGUGGUGGUGCUGUGCUCCGUCACCCUCCUGUACGCUGGCAUCAACAUAUUCUGCUGGUCGGCUGUGCAGCUGAAGCUGGCUGACCGGGACCUGAUAGACAAGGCACAGAACUGGGGCCGGUUGGCCAUGUACUAUGCUGUGCGGCUGGCAGAGAACGCUGUCCUGCUUGUCCUCUGGUACCUCUUCAAGACAGACGUGUUUGACUACAUCUGUGCCCCGCUGCUGGUGCUGCAGCUGCUGGUGGGCUACUGUCUGGCGAUCUUCUUCAUGCUCCUCUUCUUCCAGUACCUGCACCCAUGUCGCCAGCUCUUCCAGCACAAUGUCUCUGACUUCCUGCAGUGUGUCUGCUGCCAGCGAUGUGCACCAGUCAGGCCCACGCAGCUCAAUACACCCUGCGAGUCUGGCGUGAGGCACAGCAUCGUCUGAUGCACACAGCAGGGGGAGGGGGCAGGUCCAAAAGAUACAACACGAGGCAGUUGCCUAUGUUAAUGACCGAUCAAAAGCACUUGCCUGGCUCUUGCCCUGUGUCUAGCUGUGACACGUGCCUGUUUACAGACUGAAUGGGGUGGGAGCAGCCAGGCAGCAAAGCUGUGAUUUAUGAAGAGGAGACCAGCCAGGCUGGGCCCAAGGGGCCUCCUUACCAGUCACUAGCACAAAGCAGGUCUAAGCUGAACAGGCACCAAGACCAGAAUUCUCCUGUGCCACCCACACUGCAGAUCUCGGCACUUUGAUGUCAUGGAGGGGUCUGGUGCCUGUGGACCCAGAAUCCCACCCCUCCACACUCUGCCUCUGCUGCAUACUGAGGUGUCCAGCAGGAGGGGCAAGUUCAGACUCCAUUAUGACAACCCCACUGCAUGAAUAAAGUGCACACUCGUCCCCACCUCCACCUCCUAACUUGUCAGGAGAGCCCUGGUCGGGGUAGGAGAGGAGUCCAGUCCCUGACUCUCUGCUUGUCCAGACCUCCAUUGCCCACCAAUACACUGCGUCAAUUGCACACCCAACCUGGAGUGCAGGCGCCACCCUCUGCUGCCAUGAAAGGAGAUUUCUGUCUCCAAGUAAGUCCAUGCAUCCCUGGACACCCCUGCUGCCCUGUGCCUUUGCUUGGCACUGCACGUCUCAGCUGUACCUCAGCAGAAGGGACGUUGUUCAUGAUUGUGCCCUGUCUUCCCCAUUCCCGGUGUUCUCUCUCUGGUUAUUACUGUACAUUUGUUGAACUCACAAAGGAUGACUCUUGAAGUUGACAUGGUGGGAAAUGUUCUGUGUUUUAAAGGAACUGAUGUCACUUUG